AAGUGUGUAACUGAAGAGUUUAUUACACAGGCACUUUCUCCUUUUAAGUUCAGACUGCCAGAGAGGCUUCAAGCAGUAUGUGUCUCUUCUAACUACAUUUACUGUCUACCAGGCAGCCUUCCUGAUCCCAAACUACUCUGAGAGAUGGGCUGCUAUCCCACCGUUGUGUUUCUGUACUGUUUCUGUGGGCUUGUUGCUGUUUGGGCACAGCCGACGGAAGAAUCAGUCGUAGAAGUGCCAGGCGACUGUAGAGAGGAGAUGUACCCCUGUACUAGGAUGUACUCUGUCCAUCAGCCUACGAAGACAUGCCUCCAUUCCAUGUGUAUUUAUAGUCUUCGUCGAGUUUACGUCAUCAACAAAGAGCUCUGUGUGAAGACUGUGUGUCCACAGGAGGAGCUACUGAAAGCGGAACUAUGCCGAGAGAAAUCAGGCUGGCCCAAACGACUUCAGAGGUCAACAAAAAAUAAAUAUUGGCUUCGCAGUAAAACCGAAACAGGGGAAACUCGGACAAAUGCAGGGACUGACUGAACAAAACUGAAUAAAAAGUACAGGUUAGAAAGAUGAUCAACGCAUUUAACCAAGCACUAUAUGUUAUGUUGUACUUUGUGUUCAUCUUUGAGGGCCAGUGUGCUUUUUCAUAAACUCUAUCUUAUAUUUUCUUUUCUUUAUUACUGCAAGAUAAUUUCUCACUGCAAGUUGAAGGACGUACGGUGAGGUCCAAAAGCCUGAGACCUUUUAGAAUCUUGAAAAAUUCUGAAUAAUAUUUAAUCAUCAAGAUUCAGCUAGAUUUCUAGGUCCCGAUUUUAACAUAAGCAAAUGUGUGAUAUUGAUGAUAUUAACUACUUUGUACAAAAGGUCAGAUUUUCCUCAUGUCUGAUUUCUUCUACUGAAGCAUGUGUUCAGACGAGUCUUAAAACACAGACCUGAUCUAAAAUGGAGUGUUAUAAAGUUUAGGGAGUUCAUGUCAGCUUGAGUUUACACUGUCAUUAAAGUAAAAAAAAAAGAAAAAAAAAAA